CUAUUAUAAAAUACAAAAUGGAGGGCGAUGAGGUCAUGGCGCCCCCAGCAGACCCCUCUCCGCCCAAUGAGAACGUGAAACCCAAAAAAAGAAACGGUCCUAGAAGGAAAGCUUCCGUCAGCAGCUUGGCGGGGCCGACCACCCCGGAGGGAGCCAGCUCCAGGAGACGUUCUCUCAGAAGAGGCAGCUCAUUCACCUUUCUAACCCCUGGACCUCACUGGGAUUUUUCACUGAAAAGGAAGCGUCGAGAAAAGGAUGAGGACAGUGUCAGUCUUUAUAGCUUUGAUCUCAAGGAACCAAGCAAUAAGAGAGUACGGCCUUUAGCACGUGUCACAUCAUUGGCAAACCUAAUCUCUCCUGUAAGAAAUGGCGCAGUUCGGCGCUUUGGGCAAACUAUCCAGUCAUUCACAAUGCGAGCUGAAAACAAAUCACCCACAAGUGCACAGAAAUCCUGUAGCAGGAUGGCUGCACCCACCCCUCCAAAAAGAAGGAAUAGUGUCCUCUGGUCUGAGAUGUUGGAUAUCAAUAUGAAGGAAUCUCUGAGUGCCAAAGAAAUUAAACGGCAAGAGGCUAUAUUUGAAAUGACCAGAGGUGAGCAAGACUUAAUUGAAGAUUUGAAGUUGGCAAGAAAGGCCUACCAUGACCCGAUGUUGAAACUGUCCAUUAUGUCUGAAGACGAACUGGGUCAAAUAUUUGGUGAUUUGGAUGCCUAUAUUCCCUUGCAUGAAGAAUUUCUGGCUAAACUUGGAGAGGCUACGAAAGCAGAUGGGACAGUGGGCCAAAUUGGGCACAUUCUUGUUAAUUGGUUGCCUCGCCUGAAUGCUUACAAACGAUACUGUAGUAACCAACUAGCAGCCAAGGCUCUUCUUGACAAGAAGAAAUUGGACCCUAGAGUCCAAGACUUUCUGCAGCGAUGCCUCGAGUCUCCUUUCAGUCGUAAGCUGGACCUGUGGAGCUUUCUUGAUAUUCCUAGAAGCCGUCUUGUGAAAUAUCCCCUCUUACUGAAAGAGAUCCUUCGGCACACGUCGAAAGACCACCCGGAUAUCUCAAGUUUGGAGAAAGCGCUAUGCUUAAUUCAAGGAGUCCUUUCAGACAUCAACUUGAAAAAAGGGGAAUCUGAAUGUCAGUAUUACAUUGAGCAAUUGGAGUACCUUGAGGAUAAACAAAAGGAUCCACGAAUAGAUUCCAGCAAAGUGCUUCUUUGUCAUGGGGAGUUGAAAAAUAAAAAUGGACAUAAGUUGUAUCUGUUUCUGUUCCAAGACAUCCUGGUUUUAACACGUCCAGUUACAAGAAAUGAGCAUCACUAUUAUCAGGUUUACAGGCAGCCUAUCCCUGUUCAGGAACUGGUUCUAGAAGAUCUCCAAGAUGGGGAUGUGCGGAUGGGGGGUUCUUUUCGAGGAGCAUUCACUAAUUCUGAUAAAGCCAAAAAUAUAUUCAGAGUUCGUUUCCAAGAAGCCUGCCAUGGCCAGAGUCAUACCCUUCAAGCAAAUGAUGUCUUUCACAAACAGCAGUGGCUCAAUUGCAUUAGAACAGCGAUUUCUCCAUACCAGCAAGCAUCUCCAACAGAAGUGAAGGAGCUUCCUGAUGUCAAUGAAGAAUGUGAAGAAAACCAACCACCAGUGCCAAACAUCAAAGUACAACGAAGGGCGUCAACCAUAUCUGGUGUUAUGGAUAUAGACUUAGACAAAAAUGAGCAAAGUCCUGUAUUGGACACCUCAAAAGACAUUAAAAUUGUGAAAACACAAAGAACACAGACUGGCAGCUGUAAAAUACGAGAGAACACACAGCAGAGCAUUAAACGAAAAGAAACCUUGGUUUAAGUUCCAAGUUGACAUUUGGAGGGACUUGUUAUUUAUAAAUGUGUACAUUUUUUUUCCCCCUUGUAACGUCAGAAUGUGUGGAUUAUAUUUGCUGAUCCUACUGUACUGUUUGCCUUCUUCCCCUUUCAGUGGCAGCUACUGGUAUGCAGUUGACAUUGUUAAAACUGGAGUCUGUUUUCUUGAUGUUUGAAUAAUCCUAAGUGAAAAUAAAGAAACCCCCCACCCCCCCAUGGAACAAUUUCUAUUUUCACAUGUAAAUAUUUAUGCAUGCAGGAAGUUGCACGUGGAGUGAGAGAUUCCUAAAGUGAAAUUUCAUCUAGCAUCUAUAGUUGUGUUCAAUGUUUUCCAGGGAUUUUUCCAGCUGUAUGCUCAAGCAUAUUUAAGCUGUAACCUGAGCCACUAUUUUAUGUCCUCUUGCAGUAUCCCAAAACUUUACUCUGUAAGGACCAGCGUUAAUUAUUUGUAAUCAAACCAAUUCAGUGUGUAUAGGCCCUACUCUGUCAUAAGCAAUCACAUUCAAUUCUAGAGCUACUAAAGGGGAAAGAGGUCAUUUUAAACACUAUAUUUUGGCAAUGGAGUAGAUCGUCCCUGGUCCUUUUAGGGUUAAUACAAAACAAAUCUAAAGGAACAGACUCUGAGAUUUUAACAGGUUUUACAUGUUACCUACUGGAAAUGUUUCUUGUUUACUGUACAUUCCUCCUUUUAUAUGUGUAUCCUGACAAGUAUUUAAUUUUUUUUUAAGUAGCUUAGGUUUUGUUUUUUUUUAUGUUUUUUUUGUAUUUUGAAGAUGGGUUUGAUUUUCUCGAAUCACAUGUAUCCAACAUUUUGGAUCAUAUUUACAUACCUUAAAGGGCAGCUGGAUGAGAAAACACUUAGUCCUUUAAUCAUAUUUUAAUUUUUUAUUUGUUUUGUAGGCACUAUUGUGUUAGAGGUCAGUAGGAAUUCAGAGUUGGAACUAGUGAAGGAGUUAAGCAAUGUUAGACUUAAUUUGUAGAAGUGAGGUUUUUUUUGUUCCAAAGACAAACCACUUGAUGCUUAGUGGGCCAUGGAAAUGGCAAGGAUAGGAUUAUGAAGGUUUUUUGUAUGUUGUAGAAGGUCAGAGGGCAUGUUGUAAAUAUUAUUUUUUUUUCUAAAGAGUUUGAAAGAGAAGGUGAAGUGGACAAACCUGAUAGCAGUAUGAUUUUACCAAAUGUCUGUCAGAUAAGAUAAGGAAGUCAAGCUCAAUAAUGUGAAAUAAUAGUAUAUAGCAAUAAGCAACAAAACUUAAUGCUGAAAAUGUUGAUACAGUGUUUGAAAGAUAAUCCCUGCCCAUCCAAUUUACUCUGCUGUACUUUGCAUAUACUGUAACAUUUUCCUUCUGUUGGAUGUGAUACCAUGAUGGGAUUUCAGAAAUUGUACAUACAUGAAAUAAGCGGUUUCUGUAAAUUGUUCUGUACAGCUAUACGUCUUCAAGUACAAUAAAAAUCAAAAAUCCCAGA